AUGAAUUCAUCAUUUUCCCAUGAAAAAGGCAUCAUCGGCUAUGAUGAUUGGGCAAUUAUCACACUCCCCUCAAGUGCCACCAAGAUAGUCCAGAUGCGUAAAGGAGGUUCGAUCAGUUUAGGAAAGUUUGGAACAUUCAAAGUCGAUCAUAUAGUUGGAUACGCUUACGGACAAUCGUUUGAAGUUUUAGAGGGUAAGGAUGUUUUACCCUUGAAGAGUAUAUCCUAUGGAUUGGAUGAUACUAGCGAUACCAAAGAUUCGACACCAGCUUUAGAGUUCCAAUCGUCGGAAGAUAAUCGAGAUCUAUUGGAUACAGGAAGUAAAGUACAAAAAAUCACUGCCAAAGAGAUUGAAGAAAUGAAAAAAGAAGGAGGUGGAAAUGAUGUGGGAAAUAAGAUCAUCGAAAGAAUUGUUCAAGGACAUGAAUCGUUUGAGAAGAAGACGAUAUAUAGUCAGGAGAAGUACUUGACUAGGAAGCAAAGAAAGUUCAGCAGAAGGUUUACCGUAAGAAAUAUGACACCUUCCAAUCUGCUCAAUCAUAUUCGAAAAGAUAGAGAUCCGAACAAAUUGAUGGGAUUGAGUGAAGAAACGUUAGGUUUGAUGAUGAGCCACGCCAAUGUGAUGCCAGGGGGAAAUUAUUUGUUGAUGGAUGAUACUGGAGGUCUUUUGGUGUAUGCUAUGCUUGAGAGAAUGCAAGGCCAAGGAAGUAUUACACUCAUUCAUGAAAAUGACCAGCCCAAAUUGGUAUUACUCAACCGUACUAAUUACAGUGAGGAAGAGCUCUACAAUAUGGUAAAGCCGAUCAAUUUAUUAGAGUUUGUGGAUCCUGGUGAUAAUAGACCCACUAUAGGACCAUUGCCCAAGGAAGAAGUUGACAGUAUGCCAAAUAUCAGGAGGAUCAAAUAUCUUAGGAGGAUGAAGAAGGUAAAGCAAUUGAACGAAUCGCUAGAUAUGGUGGAAGCACGAGCUUUUGAUGGUUUGAUUUAUGCUUCUACGAUAAAUCCAGUGACGUUUGUGCCUAGAAUAAUAGAGAGAAUGAAAGGAUCUCGUCCAAUUGUAGUUUACAAUCAGUUCAAAGAGGUUCUCAUAGGAUUGAGUCAUAUAUUUCUUAGGGACAGCCGAGUUCUCUUACCAAACAUCUACGAAUCUUGUGUCAGGCAGUUCCAAACAAUUCAGGGUAGGUUGCAUCCAUUGGUGACAUCAAUUGGAGGUGGUGGUUAUAUCUUUUCGGGCAUAAGGGUUCUUCCAAUUGAGGGUGCUGUUGCUUCUGGAAGACGUAAUAAGAAGAGGUCCUGCGAAGAGCGAGAGGAGAGAAAUAAGAAGAGACAGGAAAAAGAAGUUGCCGCGGAACCAAAGGACGACACACAUCUUUAA